UCUGUUUUGUUUUCACAAAACGUUUGACUGCGGAAAGAUUUUCAAUUUCUCCGCUGUUCAAUUGGAAAAUGGUGAAUGAUAAAAAGCGACGUUCGCGAUCACGAGAGCGUUUCAGAGAUGAUCGCGUUGCAAACGCAGCCGACAGAGAUCGCGAACGGGAACGGGAACGGGAACGAGAACGAGAGCGACAAAGAGACAGAGAUGGCGCCAGGCACAGGGAGCGAGAUGCGAGGGAGCGACAAGUGGACAGAGAGAAGGAUCGACGUCAGCGACGCUCUCGCUCCAGAGAGGAUCGCGCUAGACGUGGCGGUCGCUCUCCCGAGCGUCAGCGUCCCAUACGCGAACGUUCUCGGGAGCGGGGAGGACGCAAUGGCGAGCCGGAAAAGAAGCCCAAAUUGGAUGCGGGCGUUAAGGGUGAAUCUGCAACAGGCACAGGUUUAAAGGUCGAAGAUGAGAAGUUGGAGCAGAAGGACGAUGUCAAGUUGAAGAAGGAACCGCUGUCCCUUGAAGAGCUGCUGGACAAGAAGAAGCGUGAGGAGGAGGCGCGCAGCAAACCCGUAUUCCUAACGAAGGAGCAACGUGCUGCUGAGGCGCUGAAGCGUCGCCAGGAGGAAGGCGAACGCAUGCGUGCCGCUCGCGAUGCUGCCAGGGAACAAAUUCAGGCUGCGCAUAGCAAGCCAAACAGUAGCGGCGGCAUAGCCACAGCCUCAGCAGCGCCGCCCAUAUCCAUGCCUCCCCCCGCACAGCCCAUGAAGAGCGAACAACGCGAUCGUCGCGGAGGAGGAGGAGGGGAUCGUGGCGGAGAUCGGGGUGGCGGCGGUGGAGAUCGUGGAGGCGGCGGAGACCGUGGCGGCGGCGGAGAUCGUGGAGGCGGCGGCGGAGAUCGUGAUAGGGAUAGCAAACGUGUCGAGGAUCUGACACACAAGGACAAAGAAAAGGAACUGGAGGCGAUACGUGAACGUUAUUUGGGCAUUGUGAAGAAGAAGCGACGCGUUCGACGCCUCAACGAUCGCAAAUUCGUAUUCGAUUGGGAUGCUGGCGAAGACACCUCCAUCGACUAUAACAAUUUGUACAAGGAGCGUCAUCAUGUGCAGUUCUUUGGACGUGGCAAUGUCGCCGGCAUCGACAUCAAGGAACAGAAGCGUACACAGAGCAAAUUCUAUGGUGAUCUGUUGGAAAAACGGCGCACCGAGGCGGAGAAGGAGCAGGAGAAGGUACGCCUGAAGAAGAUGAAGCGCAAGGAGGACAAACAGAAGUGGGACGAUCGCCAUUGGUCUGAGAAGGACAACGAUGAGAUGACGGAACGCGAUUGGCGCAUCUUUCGCGAGGAUUACAACAUCACCAUCAAGGGCGGCAAAAUACCUAAUCCCAUACGCAGCUGGAACGAAUCUGGAUUUCCGCCAGAGAUCAUCGAAAUCAUCGAUACGGUUGGCUACAAGGAGCCGACACCCAUUCAACGCCAGGCGAUACCUAUUGGCCUGCAGAAUCGGGAUAUUAUUGGCGUUGCCGAAACCGGUUCCGGCAAAACUUUAGCUUUCCUUAUCCCCUUGCUUUCGUGGAUUCAAUCGUUGCCGAAAAUUGAGCGCUUGGAGGAUGUGGAUCAGGGUCCGUAUGCGAUUAUUAUGGCACCCACACGUGAGCUUGCCCAGCAAAUCGAGGAGGAAACGAUUAAAUUUGGUCAACCACUGGGCAUACGGACUGUUGUCGUCGUCGGCGGUUUGUCCCGAGAGGAGCAAGGUUUCCGAUUGCGUUUGGGUUGUGAGAUUGUCAUUGCCACACCGGGUCGUCUCAUUGAUGUGCUGGAGAACCGGUAUCUGGUGCUGAAUCAGUGCACCUACAUCGUCCUCGAUGAGGCAGAUCGUAUGAUUGACAUGGGUUUCGAGCCGGAUGUGCAAAAGAUCCUUGAGUAUAUGCCCGUGACAAAUCUCAAACCGGACACGGAGGAGGCCGAGGAUGAGAAGAAGCUGAUGGAGAACUUCUACACCAAGAAGAAGUACAGGCAAACGGUGAUGUUUACGGCUACGAUGCCACCGGCUGUGGAGCGUCUGGCGCGCACCUAUCUGCGUCGUCCGGCUACCGUCUACAUCGGAUCUGUGGGCAAACCCACGGAGCGCACCAACCAAAUCGUGUACAUGAUGGGCGAGAACGACAAACGCAAGAAACUCAUGCAGAUCCUAUCGGCGGGCAUUGAGCCGCCCGUGAUUAUCUUUGUCAACCAGAAGAAGGGUGCCGAUGUCCUGGCCAAGGGUCUGGAGAAGCUCGGCUACAAUUCGUGCACAUUGCACGGUGGCAAGGGACAGGAACAGCGUGAAUAUGCGCUCGCCGCACUCAAAUCGGGUGCCAAGGAUAUAUUGGUGGCCACCGAUGUCGCUGGUCGUGGCAUAGACAUCAAGGAUGUCUCGCUGGUCAUCAACUAUGACAUGGCCAAGUCCAUUGAGGAUUAUACGCAUCGUAUUGGUCGUACGGGUCGUGCCGGCAAAACGGGUGUCGCCAUCUCCUUUGUGACCAAGGACGACAGCGGCCUCUUCUACGAUCUAAAACAGUGCGUCACAGCCAGCCCGGUGUCCACCUGCCCGCCAGAGCUCACCAAUCAUCCGGAGGCGCAACACAAACCGGGCACAGUGGUCACCAAAAAGCGACGAGAGGAGAAAAUAUUUGCUUAGACCCAAAAUUUCGUAGUCCUUUCGGCAAUAAUAAAAUACAAACAAUUUUCGAUAAAAUAUUC